CCAACAUGCUCCGAGACCACGCUCCGAAUUGCAAGAUUAUCCUCAGUCAUUCUGGUGGCGAUCUGCCAUACAUCAUCGAUAGACCUGCGAGGCUGAUGGUGAACGCUCCACCUCCAACGAAUGCGGGUAGGAGUACUGAGGAUGUUCUAGCCGAGGCACGAACUUUCUGCUUCGAUACCGCGCUGUCGAGCUCUCCGAUGCGGAUCAAAGCUUUGAUGCAAUUGCUUAGAGGCGAUGCGGAGGACCAAGCUUCAGUUGUUCGGCACAGAUUGUCCGAAUGCGCCAAGUGGAAGCUUCAUGGUCUAGCUUGAACGACAGGAUGACUUCAAGGCCGAAGAUUUGCGAGAAAAUUGGCUUGAAGCUAUUUCCCAGACUUGGAGUGUGAGGCGUGGUGCGAGCACGACGUCAACUCGAUUUUCAUCUGCGCAGUUGCUUGCAGCACCAAAUAUCAUCAAGUCCAGUAGGAGUC